AUGUCCGACUAUCUAACACCUCCCUCCUUCCUUACGGAUAACUCCGUUGCAGCUGCCAUUAAAGAUGCAUACACUUCGUUUUCAGAGCGAAGGGGAGCUCUUGGCCUGCCCAACCCAGGAACCGUGGAGAAUAUCGCCAGGGAGGUCCAAAAAGAGGUCCUAUUGUCCAAUUUCAUGUUCACGGGUCUGAGGGCAGAUCUGACCAAGGUUUUCGGCAUGUCUCCUUUGUUCCGUGUGUCGCACGCUUUCUCGAUGGGCUCGUCGGGGAACCUUCCUCCGUAUGCUUUCUCGGCCAUGUAUGGAAGUCCAAAGAUUUUCAUGCAAGGUAACUUCGGAAGCGACGGUGCGCUUGCUGCAGUCGGUAAUUACCGAUGGUGUCCUAAGCUCGUCACCAAAACAAACGCUCAGAUUAUGGCUGGAGCCAGUCAAGGUCUUAUGCAAAUCGACAACGAUUAUACUGGUGAUGACUUCUCGGCUUCAUUGAAGGCAUUCAACCCGUCUUUCUUAGACGGGGGCCUUACUGGAAUUUUUGUCGGCAGUUAUCUUCAGUCGGUCACCCCUAGUCUUGCUCUGGGUUUCGAGGCGAUUUGGCAACGCCAGGGCAUCAACACUCGUCCCGAAACAGCGCUCUCAUAUAGCGCUCGUUACAAAGCUAGUGACUGGAUCGCCAGUGCACAACUCCAGGCUCAGGGUGUCAUCACGGCCUCGUACUGGAAGAAGCUGUCGGAGCGAGUUGAAGCUGGUGUUGACAUGAAUCUCCAGUUUACUCCUAACGCUGCUGCAGCUCUGAUGGGUGGGCCUAGCAAAGAUGGUACCACUGCUAUCGGUGCUAAGUACGACUUCCGUGCCUCCACAUUCCGCGCUCAAGUCGAUAGUACCGGAAAAGUCAGCUGCCUUCUGGAGAAGCGGAUAGCAAUGCCCAUUGCUUUGACCUUUGCUGGUGAAAUAGAUCAAGCCAAGCAAACGGCUAAACUUGGUCUUGCUGUUUCCCUUGAGAUCGCUGGCGAGGAAUUGAUGGAGCAGCAAGAGAAGGUUGAGGCGCAGGGCAUGGUUCCUCCGCCUUUCUAA